CAGACUGCUGGAAAGAUGAGAUGGCAUGCCGAGCAUACUCAGACGGAUGGUGAGAUGACACAUCCAUCAGAUGCAAGAGCCUGGAAACAUUUUAACAAAGUAUAUCCGGAAUUCGCUAGCAAUAUCCGGAAUGUGUAUCUCGGAUUAUGCACAGAUGGAUUUAGUCCAUUCGGAAUGUCAGGGAGACAAUAUUCAUUGUGGCCAGUCUUUCUUACGCCAUACAACCUGCCACCGGAGAUGUGCAUGCAACGGGAGUUGCUAUUCUUGACCAUAUUAAUACCUGGUCCGAAACAUCCUAAAAGGUCGCUGGAUGUUUUCCUGCAACCACUGAUAAAAGAGUUGAAGGAUUUGUGGUCAACAGGGGAGAGGACGUAUGACUGCUCAACGAAGACGAAUUUCACUAUGCGAGCGAUGCUUUUGUGGACCAUAAGUGACUUUCCUGCCUAUGGGAUGUUGUCGGGAUGGACUACACAUGGGAGAUUAGCUUGUCCAUAUUGUAAUGGAGCGACAGAUGCGUUUCAACUGAAGAAUGGGAGGAAGACAAGUUGGUUCGAUUGUCAUCGUAGAUUUCUUCCCAUUGGCCAUCCGUACCGAAGAAACAAGACAUUGUUUAGGCACAAAAGGGUUGUGAGAGACACUCCUCCUCCAUAUUUAACUGGAGAAGAAACUGAAAAGCAACUCGAUUACUAUGGAGCUUUGGAAACAGUUCCUCGUGGUGGUAAUUGGCAUGUUCCCCCUAAUAUGCCUGAUUCUUACGGUGUUCAUCACAACUGGCACAAGAAGAGUAUAUUUUGGGAGUUGCCAUAUUGGAAGGAUCUUCUUCUGCGCCACAACCUCGAUGUGAUGCAUAUAGAGAAAAAUUUCUUUGAGAACAUCAUGAAUACAAUAUUGAAUGUCCCGGGGAAGACAAAAGACAACAUAAAAUCGAGGUUAGACUUGCCGGAUAUUUGCUCAAGAAGCGAGUUACAUAUAAACAGCAAUGGGCAAGUUCCUGUUCCGAUAUUCAGAUUGUCUUCAGAAAAAAAGUCGGUGUUGUUCAACUGGGUAGCAUCAGAAGUGAAAUUCCCCGAUGGGUAUGUUUCAAAUCUGUCUAGAUGCGUUGAAAAGGGUCAAAAGUUCUCCGGGAUGAAGAGUCAUGACUGUCAUGUCUUUAUGCAACGACUACUUCCCUUUGCUUUUGCGGAGCUACUUCCUACAAACGCAUUGGAGCAUUUUUCAGGGAUCUGAGCACCCGCACCCUUAAAGUAGAAGUCGUGGAACAGCUUCAAGAGAACAUUCCCAUCUUA